GGACUUGUACAGUUAUUAGAGUGGUUGCCAGAUAUACAAUGAUGGUUUCAAUCUCUUUUCACGUGCAGUAAAUAAUAAAUAAUUAAAAUAUAUAAAUGCAUGAAAAAUGCCAAGUUUAUUGUUUUGGAUAUGAGGAGUUUGCGUGUGGAUAUCAUGUUUGAUGCAAAAGGACAAGUAAAGUGGAGUGUGAUGAAUUCAAAAUAUAUUUUUUCUUGGGCACAUCGCUUUUCUUGGAUUUUUUUCUUGUCCAUUCUAUUGUUUAUUCACGGUGAUAAUUGCAUGGUACCACAAGCAAGCCAAGAAGGCUCGUUGCACUCUUUUAAAAGUUAUAGCGAUGUGGCAAUAUUUCAUUAUACGGUACCUAAGGAAGUACUUAGAGCUACAUGGCAAUUUGCUGCAUUUAUGGAUGGCAAAAAUUGUUUACCAAGAAAAGUUCAUAUAUAUAUACAAUGGGGGAGUUAUCCUAUAAUAUCUGUAAACAAUGCAUCUUUUCCACCACACAUGUAUACAAAAAGAAAUGGUACUAUUUUGGUAUCUGUCAUGACUACUUUUGAACCAAAGACUACUGCUACUGUACCAAUUUAUGGACCAGAAGCUGGAGAUUGGUUUGUUGGUGCAUAUAUGUCUCACUGGGAUGAGAAAGUUCAGCAACAAGGUCUUGGCCAUAAGUGCCAUUAUAGCAUAGGAUCAGUAGCAAUAUGGAUGCAAACUAAUGGUAUUCAAAAUAUACCAAUUGGUUAUCAGAAAACUUUACAUACAACUGAACCAACUUCUUAUUACAAAAUAUACAUUCCAUCAGGAACAUGGCAUUUUCAAGUCCAUGUAUGGGCUUGUAAUUUUACUUUGCAUACACAAAAAGAUAUGAAUAAACCUUGCAUACAAGGUUUGGCAUUGAAGGGACGAGUUCUGCCAGUUUUUAAUCACACUCAUCCAAGUCCAAUAGGAAAUUUGACUAUAUUGGAUUCAUAUACAUUUACUGAGUUCUCACCAUAUGAAGAUAGUUAUUAUUACCUUCUAGUUAUUUCGGACAGCGUAAUAGAUUUUAAUGUUAAAGUUAUAAUAUCUGAAUGCCCAAUUAAAGACCUGGGUAAAUCUUUGAUGAGGCAAUAUCUGGAUGCGCCUUCAUUUUCGAAAGCUCUAGUCAAACUUCGUAUGAGGAAUGAUAGUUUACAACAUGAUAAUUAUCGAUUAUAUAAAAAUCAAUUUGAAUUAUCAAGUGAGGAUGUAAUGGUAGAAGAUCCAUGCGUUCCGCGGUUUCAACUUGCUAGAGUUAAACAUUCUCAAACAUUCUCCGGCGUCUAUUUACUUCAGGUUAGAGAAUGGUUAACGUCAUGGGCGAUGCUGACUGAUUCUUAUCCAAUUAUGACCCAAUUUAAUAUAUUACCACUAAUAGAUAUCGGAGGUACUUUGGAUAUCCGUGUCCAUCUUGAAAUGGAUAAGCUACUAACAAAACAAUUAAUUCUUGUCACCAUAUGCAUUCAAAGAUCUCGUGUACCAAAUCGCAUAAAUGGACAAAUAAUUUGCGACGAUGAGAACAUGUCGAUGACUUUAUCUUCCUACAAUAAACAAGAUGGAAAUGUGUUAAUACCUUAUCCUCAGCCAGAUACCUGGUACAUCGGUUUUCAAGCUAAAUGUUAUAUGAAUGGAAAUCCGGUAACUUGCGAGAUGGAAGGAAUUUUAGUUUCAUUGGACGUGAGGACAAGGCAGUGUGUGUUUUCUGGUAGUCACGCGUGCGGCCAUCAUGGUGUUUGUCAAGAGAUUCAGAAAGGUCUUCUCUAUUAUACGACAUGCAACUGCUUUGGAGGGUACAAGGGCUGGGGCUGCACCGAUGCAACAAACGCAAGUCCGAUGGCCUCCGUUUUAUUGACAACAUUAAUGUUAACGUUGAGCAAUGGAUUUUUUUUGCCAGCUAUAUACUUGGCUAUAAGACGAGGCCUAUACACUGAAGGGCUAGUCUAUUUCGCCACUAUGUUGUUUUCAUCAUUGUAUCACGCUUGCGAUCAGCAAUUCAUGACUUAUUGCGUUGCUAAAUAUGAAGUUUUACAAUAUAGUGACUUUUUCUCGGGUAUUCUUGCCGUUUGGGUAACACUCGUUGCUAUGGCUGGACUGCCAACACAAUAUAUUUCGUUAUGUCAUAUGUUUGGAGUUCUUAUCAUCGCAUUUGGCGUUGAAUCUGAUAGAACUGGUCUUCCUAGUAUAUUGGUGCCUUUAGCCAUGGGAACAAUUAUUCCGAUGGCAGCAUAUGUGUAUCGUUGUGUCAAAAACAACAAGUGGAAGUGGCCUGAUAAUAUUGUCAAAUUAUUAUUCGGAUUGUCUCUGGCUACUGUCGGAUUACUUCUAUUUUCUCUUGUUGAGACUGAAGCCAAUUAUCACUAUGUUCACAGUGCAUGGCACAUAGUAAUAGCAUUGUCCUUGUUAUUUGUACUACCGCCGGCACGCGUUGAGUCAUUCUUACCACUGGCCAAUACUUCUCUCAGCGGUUCUGACAGUGAGUUACUUGACUAUAAAGACUUUCCAGGUAGUCCAGUGUUUACCAUACUUACUGACCAGCAAAACCUGCUCACUGUUCCCAGUUGAAUCUCGAUAUAAAUGAGAAAAGUCAGGAUGUUUGUAUGCCAAAAAAUAUAUCACGUAUAAGCUUUUAUGUGCCAAAAAGAUGUUCUGAUCGAGUGAUUGGGAGGUGAGUAAAUCCAUAGAAUAUCAUGAUAAAAACUAAAGUCAUGAAAUUCAAUUUUGUAUAAUCUUUUGCAAUAACAGUGUAAUAUUCAGAAGUACUUGCAAAUAUUUGAUAGAGCGUAAAGUUUUUAAAUAUUAUCAACGAGUCGAUGCUGCAUUUAAAGGUGCUUAUAUAAGUUUCUCAAUUAAUUUGAUUACUAUGAUAUAUAAGAAGUUAUAUGAUAUACUAUCUAUGAGUAAUUCAUUAACGUGGUGGAUGGUGCCAUGUAACAUAUUAUUAUAUACAAUGCCUAUUCUUUAUUCUGUGGAUUGUGAUAAUGAGGAUUGUUCAUUGUUUUAUUAGUUGUGGCAUACACUGCUGGACUAAUGAUAUCUUUCUUGUUGGAAAUUGUUCAUGAAUUUCUCUAUGCGUGAAAUGCAUAGUGUAAACAGCUCUCUAUAUUCUAAUACUUUCUUUUAAUUGGCAUAUAUUUCAAUUACAAGGUUAGUGAUUGCUUGGUGCUUCAAAUUUAUUUAGGGAUCAAUUCUGUAUUUUGCGAAUAAUAUUAACUUGAAGCUUUAUUUUGAGUGAAGUAUAGUUUUAUCCUGGGCUUGUGAUUUCUGUGCAUUCUUAAUCUCAGUUACUAUCGAAGUACCUCAUAGUUAUGGUGUGUCAUGACUUAUUUCUAUUGGACACAUCUACGACCAUAUAACAUAUAUUUUAUUUACAAUUAGGUAUAUUUCAAUAUAAUGAAUCAGGGUGACAUGUAAGAAGACAGGCGUAACUUAUAAGAAAUCAUACUAUACAUAUUUAGGAGAAAGCAAAUAUAUUGACGCACAUUUUAAUAAUAGAAUCCUGUUGGAUGAAUAUUGAUGCACAGUUAUUGAUCUGUACAAAUUUAAUUUUUUUUUACCUAACUCAUGUAAAGAAGUUAUUUACUUUAGCGACGUGUGAGAUGCAUUUAUGUACAAGCAUAAAGUUUCAUUGCAACAGAUUCUAACUAUGAAAAGUUUAUAUUUUCAUGAGAUUUUCUUAAGUGCAAUUAAUUACAUGUCAUACUAAUUUAGCAAUAUUUUCUAAUAUAUAUCCGUCAAGUGUCUAGGAAAACCAUAUUAGUUUAAUAUUUGCUUGUAAUAUCAGUUGAUAUUUAGCUUGUUCAUCAUUUGGGUUUUUCCAAAAUAGAAAUAUUUUUUUACUUUCCAUAUAGUGUUCGAAGCUGAAUAUACUUCCAUUCCUAAAUGAGAUUAACAUUUUUCAAUUAAUCCCAGUCAGUUAAGAUGGCUUUGAAUUAAUACCAAUAUAGCUAUAUACUUACAUUGACAUAUAAUAAGCAUAACAAACUGCCUAUUAUACUUGCUCUCUAUUAAUAUACUAUGUAGUUUAUAUGAUCAUACAUAGUUAAAGAUUUACUACUGAUCAGUUAGAGAAAAAUUAAUCGAAAGUGUCAAGUUCAUGAAACGGAAUAUCCUUUAAAAUAGUAUUUUGGUUUAUAAUUUUAAGCGGUAAGCAUACUGCAUGAUACAUAAUGUUACUGAUUUUUAAAUGUUCAUGGGGGAAGAUAACCAUUAAAAACUGAUUUAAUAUUGAAAUAAAUAAACAUAUAUUUAU